CGGCAGCCGCGUGGACGCAACACCCUGGAGGCGAGGCCGGAAGGGACAAGCCUCCGGCCGCUCCAGCGCCUGACGAGCUCUCCUAACAAGUAACGCCGAUUCAUUACUGGCGAGAAGGCUGCAGGAUGCAGUGUACGUCCUGGACCAGGUGGCCGUAAAACUACUUCCAAGUGGGCCAUUGACAGGCUGCAGGGUCGUCAUCCGCACAAAAUCACAGGGCUGGGAUGCUCAGGGUCCCCUAAAAUUCCGCGCACGAGAGACUCGCCUGCGGAGCUCAUUAACAAUAGCCUGCCCAGCCCCGCAGAGCGUGCAGUCACUGGGAAGCGGCGGCGCCGGCCCAGGUGUUGCUAAUGACCGCAGGACUUCGAAAACCCUGAGAGCCUGGACGACCUCCUGGAUCCUUCCAGGAAUGUGCGCUUUAGGAGAAACAAUUCACAUUAAAAUACGCUGCUUUGAACUCAGUGCGACCGGGAAGGCAUCUUCCUGUCCCUUUCCCACCCCUCGGAAGGCCACCAGAACCCCAGGCUCACAAAGGUCACGUGAGCCGGGCAGCCUACUCACCACCCCCCUACGCGCCCGGCUUCCGAAGCGCUAGGGGCGCGCGCUGCUCCGCCCCGCGACUACAAGUCCCAUCUCUCCCCGCGCUCGCGCGCAUUACGCCGGAGCAAGAUGGCCGACGCGGCGGCCGCAACCGGGGCCGGCGGCUCCGGGACGAGAUCAGGAAGUAAGCAGUCCACCAACCCUGCUGAUAACUACCAUCUGGCCCGGCGGAGAACCUUGCAAGUGGUCGUGAGCUCCUUGCUGACUGAGGCAGGAUUUGAGAGUGCUGAGAAAGCAUCCGUGGAAACAUUGACAGAAAUGCUCCAGAGUUACAUUUCAGAAAUUGGGAGGAGUGCCAAGUCGUACUGUGAGCACACAGCCAGGACGCAGCCCACACUGUCGGAUAUUGUUGUCACGCUCGUCGAGAUGGGUUUCAAUGUGGACACUCUCCCUGCUUAUGCAAAACGGUCCCAGAGGAUGGUCAUCACUGCCCCUCCUGUGACCAAUCAGCCAGUGACACCGAAGGCCCUCACCGCAGGGCAGAACCGACCCCACCCGCCACACAUCCCCAGCCAUUUUCCUGAGUUCCCUGAUCCCCACACCUACAUCAAAACUCCGACGUACCGAGAGCCCGUGUCAGACUACCAGGUCCUGCGGGAGAAGGCUGCAUCCCAGCGGCGCGACGUGGAGCGAGCACUCACCCGUUUCAUGGCCAAGACCGGCGAGACCCAGAGCCUUUUCAAAGAUGACGUCAGCACAUUUCCACUGAUUGCUGCCAGACCGUUCACCAUCCCCUACCUGACGGCUCUUCUUCCAUCCGAGCUGGAGAUGCAACAAAUGGAAGAGACGGAUUCCUCGGAGCAGGACGAGCAGACGGACACGGAGAACCUUGCUCUGCAUAUCAGCACGGACGAUUCUGGAGCCGAGAAGGAGAACACCUCUGUCCUACAGCAGAACCCCUCCUUGUCAGGAAGCCGGAAUGGAGAAGAGAAUGUCAUCGAUAACCCCUAUCUGCGACCUGUGAAGAAACCCAAGAUCCGCAGGAAGAAGUCCCUCUCAUGAGCAAGCAAGAAGCCUGGUU